AUGGCGGCCAUUUGCCUCCUCCCGCCUUACUUCUACAACCCCCAGCGCGACGCCCAGCCGUCCCACCGCUCCGACUGUCCCUGCUGUCACCCGCCGCCUGACCAGGAGGGUGGAGACCCCCAGGACAAGGAAGGUGGUGAAGAGGAAGAUGGAGACCCCGAGGAGGAGGAGGAUGAAGACCCCGAGGAGGAGGAGGGUGGUGAAGAUGGAGGCCCCGAGGAGGAGGAAGGUGAUGCUGAGGAGGUAGAUGGAGGCCACGAGGAAGAAGAUGGUGAUGAAGAUGGAGGCCCCGAGGAGGAAGGCGAUGGUGAGGAGGAGGAUGGAGACCCCGGGGAAGAGGAAGGAGGUGACACCGAGUAGGAGAGGUGACGCUGGAGGGGGAAGAUGGAGACCCCGAGGAGGAAGAUGAUGGAGGCACUGAGGAGGAAGGUGAUGGU